UCGUCAUGCUCAAGUUUAGAUCUUGGAUUAGACAGUUCAUAUAAAAAAGGACUGACAUCGCAUACGUUAGUCAUCAAGCGUAGACGAAAUUAUACUUGUUGAAUUGAAAUUUUUUGUGUGCUAGAAAAAAAUGUUUUUACAAUAAAAAAAAAGUUAUUCGUGUUUAUGUAAGGAAACAAUUUUCAUAUAAGUAUUAUUCAUGCCUUUUUGUCUAAAGCCCAAUCAAACUUCUACAAUGGAAGAAUAUUCUGUGGUAUCAGAUGUCUCGGUAGUAGAUGUCUAUGAUAUUGCCUCAGAAAUAGGGAAGGAAUGUGAGAAACUUAUAGAUCUGUUUGGCGUUGAAUCUGUAACGAAUCUUAUGCCAAAAGUUAUUAACGCUUUAGAAUUGCUCGAAAAUCUUGCAAUUAAAAAUGAAAGAGAAAAUACUACGGUUCAAGAAUUAAGGGCUAAAAUUAUACAACUUGAAAGUGAUAAAAUUGGAAAAGCUGAGGACAGACAAAGAUUUGAAAAAGAGUUGGAGCAAAUUGAAGAACAUUGGAGACAAGAAUCAAGAGAUUUAGUUGGCAUGGUAACUAGAUUACAAGAAGAGAAUAGACGAUUGGCAGAAGCUUUACGGGAAUCACAAAGUGAUAGUCAGUACAGCGGUAAACAAACUUUUACAGCUAGUCAAGAAGUGGAUGUUUCAGUUUUGCAACAUUUAAGAUCUAUGAUAGAUAAGCAACGUGAUCAAAUUAGAGCAAGGGAUCGAGAACUUACGCAAAAGAAUAUAGAAAUAGAAAAUCUAACAUCACAAGUUGAAAAACUUGGAGUUGUUGGAAGAGAAUUAAAACGUAAGCAACGUCAAGCACAAAUGCAAGCACGCGGUCUUGUAGAGGAAAGAGCAGAUUUCUUAGCACAAUUGCAAGAUCAAAAUCGAGAAUUAAUACAACUUAGAGGUAGACUUGGACUAGCCAAGAAAGAAAAUGAAGAUUUAUCUAAAUCACAAGGGUGUCCUGAUUUGACAAAUAAAGCUGUAUACGAUCUGGAUGAUCCAGAUAGACCCAGAUUUACUACUGCUGAAUUAAAAGAAAUCUUGCAUGAAAGAAACGAAUUAAAAGCAAGAGUUUCAGAUUUGGAAGAUGAAUUGGAAUAUUAUCGACCAAAACCAGAAAUACCUAUAGAUGACAAGGAUGCACCUGUACAAGGUCCUCUUCCUUAUGAACCAGAUGAUGCACCUUGGAAAAAAUCAUCAGAAUCUGGCAUUCGUAAAUUUUUCCGAAAAAUCUUCUCUGAAUCCAGCAGCAGCUUUUUAGGAGGUAGUAGUCCUCGACGAAGUCUUUCCAGUCUUUCAAAAAUGGCACUAUCCAGUAACAGCACUUGUGAUGAAUCUAUGUAAUGUAUUUUUUCAGUUGUUUGGUAUGAAAAUAACUAUAUAACAAAUUUUCGAAAGAUUAUAUGAAAGAUUUCUCCUCAUAAACAUAACAUAAAAAAAGAAAAAAAAGGAAAAAAAAAAAAGAAAAAAAAAAAAAGAAAAAAAAAUCAUUUAUAAAUCUAAAAAUUUGUUUAACAUCAUAAUAUAAUACUGAUUUAAUCAUUUAUUAUCUAUAACAAAAACGAUAGAUAAUGUAAUCAUUUAGAACUUAGUUUUUUGAUAGAGGCAUACAUAUAAGUAUGUAAAAAUAAUGAAAAUAAUUACUAUAGCUCUCAGAAUUUAAUUGAAUAACGUUGUAAUUUGAUACUUAGUAGCUACGUAAAAAGAAUAAGCUUUCACAAUCGAAACGUAUUAAAUUUUCUCUCUCGAAAACUAUCACAUUACAUCGAUCUGUUUAUUACACAACCAGACUAUAGUAAUUAUUUUUUUGUGACUUGAUAUUCAAAGGUCAACAAUAUUUAAUAAGAAUAGAUCAUAAUUAGAAACGAAUUUCAUCUUAUAUGAUAUCAUUUACUUCAUAUAUACUAUUUAUAAUUUGCUUCCAAAGUUUAUCACAUUAUAACAUUUUUUAAAUAUAUAUAUUUUUUUACACAUGAAAAUAUUUCAAACUGCAAAUUAUAAACAUGCCAAGUAAAAACUAUAUUAUUCAUAUUCAGGUAAAUUUUAUUUAUCUUUUUAUAUAUAGGUGAGAGACAUAUUAACUGUUAACAAAAAUUUCGUAGGGGUAUUAUUCAAUUUGCAUAAAAAAAGUUUCACUUUUUGAAUAAUGACACAAUCGAUGCAAAAGUAUAUUUCCAUUACAUAUCUAUAAUUAGCACCCAUAUUAUUAUU